GAAAAGUGCUUGCCGCCAUUUCUCUGAACAGCCAAAAAGAACCGCAAAGCGGUUGCCAGCUGUCAGUACGUGUUGCUGGCUCCAGCCUUUUUGAGGCUGCAUUUCCUUGGGUGGUGAAAAAGUUGCAGGAGCAGCGAGUCAGGAUCAUCAGGAACACUUUGCCACUGCUUUUGGUGGAAGGGGAUUGCUACCACAGGCUGUGAGAUAGUGUGGAGUCAAAUCAAAGGCGGCGCACACUUUGGCGCACAUCGGAACCAACAUUGGCAUCAGUGCCGACAAUUUGAUUCGUUUGUUAUACCACAGCCGAACUCUGAGGGUUGCUUUACAACAGGAGGCUCUGAGUAUAUAAGAUCAGCAUUACGCAAAGCUCAUGCUUCAUCAAGAACAUCCAAGUCGGCCGCUUUUGCAGAAAGUGUAGUCAAAGAUGCGGUGGUGACAACGCCCUAUGUAAAACUCGAGCAACUGGGAGUGGAAAGCAAACCCCGAGAUGUGUCAGCAGAGGGGCUGGAGAAGGCUUUGUUGAGCUUGAGGUUACCUGUAGAAGUAUUGGCUGACGUCAUGGAUUCACCAGAGAGACGGGCGCCAAUAAAGCCAAACUGGGAUGGCAUCAUGUCAUCCCCAGGGAGCGCAGCCUUCAUGGACUUGUGCGACACCCUCUCCCCCAUCCGACCGGUCCCAACCUUCCAUGCAAGCACUUUCAACGAGUUGAACCAGAUCCGGUCCCCAGCGUCGCCCAACUUUCCGACCAGGAGACUGAAGGAGAAACGGUUUGCAAACAGCUCAGCUGCUGCGCUCCUCCUGGCCGCCACCACCGACGAGGCCCCCAAAACCCCCGGCCUCCUCAAGCGAGAACCGCUGCGCCAGACGUUUGGGCGCAACCUGAGCCGCAUCGGCGACCCGAGCACAGCCUUGUUUGCUGGUCAAAGUGAGGAGGCCCCUGCUUCUGCCGCUGCCAGCAAACAGGUCCUGGUUGUGCAAGAAGGGGGCAGUGUGGGGGACUGUGAGAGCAAGCUCGCCUUGAAAGGUGCAACGGAGGAUCCUGUGGUUGCGGGGGCCAGGUCAUUGCCAGCUCAGCAGGGGCAGCCUAAUACUCGCUGCCCACCCCCCAAAACAGAGCACAUGGAGGAGGCGACAAAACCUGCCGAAGCAAAGGGCGAAGACCUGGGGGCAAAGCCAGAAUCUUCAAGGACUGCUGACGAUGGUCAGAAGGCAAGCGGCAGCAAAAGGGGGAGGGACGAACCACAGCCGGAUGCAGACAAUUUGGCCCCUCAGGCUGCUGCGCCACCGGCUUUCCUCAAGUCUCUGAAAGCUGAUUCGGAUCUGCCGGCAACUGUUGUCGUCCAGCCUCCAGAAAGCAAGCGGGGGAAAGCAAGUGCAUCUGACCAGGAUGCCAAGACAGUCCUUGCAGUCCCAACGCCAAACCCUUACAACCCCUGCUCAACGGUAAUCCCUGGUUCACAGCAAGCUAAGGAAUCUGUCAUGCCCCCUAUAGCUUCCCCGGUUCCACCGACUAAACUCACAGAGGCCGCUGCUGGACCUUUGGAUCAAGAGGCGGAGGAAAAGAAAGCGGAGGGAGGGGCGACGAGGUCAGGGGCGGAGCAACCAAGUUUGGGCACCCAGCUUCACCGCGAGCUUUCAUUUGCUGUGAAGCAGAGCGGGCAAGUGGCUUCUGCUUCUGAGAGGGCUCUUCAAGCCCAGGAAGUAGCUAGCGAGUCGAAGAGCCAGGCCAUCCUGCCGGCACCUGCUGCAAUGGAGCUCACCCCUCCGACACCGAAACUCGCGGCGGCAGUACAGGACAACCCAGAAGUAAGGCCAAGGCAGACAAGGAGCCGGACAAUGGAGAAGGGCGAAGGGUCGGGGUCCAAGCAGAGAGCUGGGGGCACGGGCAUCGUGCUGGGGGUGCUGCCAAAGGGAAAGCGGAGCUUGAGCAACAGGAAAAAGUCGAGGUUUGUCUCGGGAGGAGAGGACUCGAGUGCGGCGGAGGAUGCUGGGGGGUCGUCUGACGACACAGAGAGAACGGUGUCGGCGGAUGGAGCAGUUGCAGACGAAGGGGCGCAGAGGCUGCAAACGAGUGUGUGUGGGGCUGUGGCGGGGGCUGGAAUUUUUGGAGAGGAUGAGGCGGGAUCCAGCCCAAGCAAAGUGGACGGAGGCGCCGGAAUAGAAAGUCAGCAAGGGGCCGCAGAAACGGCUCUGGCGGAUACAGAGAGUGUGAAAGAAGCCGGGAAGGCGUUGGGAAGCAGGGAAGACCUUGACGGGCCGGCGAAAGAGACAGGGCUGGUGCGACAGAGUGCCGUUGCAGUGCUUGAGCCCUGCCAAAAAGCGGCCGAGCCUGAGAGUGCGAGGCAUGCUUCUCCCCCCCGGUCAACCGUUUUGCCUCAGCUCAAGGGAGUCCGGAGCCCCAGGAAGGGGGUGCGCAGGGGCCAGGAGACUCCGCCCAAGGCGCCGGCCAAUGCGGCGCCGCCACCUGGCGGCGCCAAGCAGACAGAGGAGGACGUGGCGCAGCUGCUGGUGGAUCUGUCUGAGGGGCGGACGCCGGAGAAGGCGAAACGGCGGCUGAUCGGGGAAGAGGCCACGCCGACCAGCGGCUUGGGGCAGAAACGGAUCGCGGUGGAGAGCGCGCCUGCUGCAGCAGAGAAGUUGGAAGGAGGGGUUGCUGGCAGUGGGCGGACGACUCCAAUUCAGGUGGCGACAGCUGUCAAGGUGGAGGCGAUUAGUGCAAGUGUGCACGUUGUGUCUGGCCCUGCGGUCAGCUGUGAACCGGCAGCCACCCCCCGGUCUGUGGUGUUUCAGGACGCCAAGAACGGAACGUCUUCAUCGGGUGCUUUGGGCGGAAACACCGGCCGUGCGCGUCGCCUCGACUUCGACGCCGACGCCGCGCGCCGUCAGAGCCUCACCGCCCGACAGGACCCCCGCCUCUCCCUCGAAGCCCAGGGAAGCUGGCCCGGUUUCUCGGCCGUACAGAACUCCCCAGCCCAGAGCCAAAUGUACAUCUCGGUCGCCAACGCGAGCUCGACGCCCGGCCCCAGAAACGGAACGCCGCAGUCUGGACAGAACCCCCCAGAAACGGUUAAGAUGGUGGUUAAACAAGAGGGCGGAGACAACGCCUGGCAGCCAGGACAGAAGCGGGGCGCUACGCCCGAGGGGGAAGGGGAAAGAGCGGCGAAACGGGAGAGGGUUUCGUUCUCGGACGGGGUCUACCAGGACGCGAAGGACGCUUCGGACGCAACUGCGGCGGCGCUGUCCGCGGCCAUGGGGGCGCUGUCCGCGUGCAACACGCCUGCCACGUGUCAGCCGACGGUUGGCCGCCCAAAUCCGACGCCGGUGCAGGCAAGACCCGCUCAAGCUCCACCCGUGGUCGCCCGGCCUUCUGGGGGGCCUGUUUGGAAGGCAGGUGGCAACGAGCGAAGCAAUCUGGCGGUGACACCUGUCGCCAUGCACAACGCUCAGCCUUCCUCCUGGCCCGUUGCUACUCCUCCUGGAGCCCCCUCAGCCUUCCAGCACGGCAACCCGAGCGUAACGCCGGGGCAGGCGAAGCAGGGCUACGUUACGCCCCCUCCACGCUGCGCACAGCCGGUCGUCAGGCCUCAGGGUUUGGCCUCGCCCCUCGUGACAUCAGCACCCGGGGUGACGUCAGCGGCCGCUCCCUUCAACCCAAACGUCGCCAUCGUGCCGAAACCCCUGCCCCUGCCCGCCCCGGUACGGGCGGCCAAACCCUUAAACCUCGCGCGCCUCGGGGCUGGGUUAAGCGCCGGGACGGUGGUUAGGGUAACCCCCGGGGUGGGUCCCGUCCCCCCCGAGCACCACACCCACCUGCCUGGGCCGCAAUCGGCGAUGCCCGGCCCGACAGGGCCUCCGGGAAAGCGCGCGAGCUUUCCACCCACGCAGCGCCCGCAGGCGUUCACGAGCACUCGCUUCCCCGGGUACUCGCACUACACGCCCAGUUACCAGAAGGCCCUGCCGCGGCCGGCGCCGCAGGGUUACGGGGCGGUUUCGAUGCCGUUCGGCCAGGCGCAGGGCCCCCCGCCGGGCAUGUCGCCCGCGGUCGUGCAGCGGCAGAAGAUGGAGGCGGCGAUCGAGCGGAAACCCGCACAGCCGGACCCGUUGAGCGAGCUCCAGUUGGACCUGGACCUGGAGAUGGACCUCGUGGUCGUCCACGAGAGCCCGCCGCAGCAGCCCAAGAAACCGGCGGGGACUUGCAAACGGUGCCACUGCAAAAAGUCGCGGUGCCUCAAGCUGUACUGCGAGUGCUUCGCUGCCAACGUAUACUGCACAGGCUGCGACUGCUUGGACUGCCAGAACCGGCCCGAAUUUGAGGACAUUGUGAUGGCCAAGAAGGAGGAGAUCGAGCGCAAGGACCCCCACGCGUUUGCGCCCAAGAUCGUUGAGGGCGAGUCGCCCUCCCCCACUAAAGGCGAGACCCCCGCCUCGGGAAAGCACAAGAAGGGCUGCCACUGCAAGAAGUCGAUGUGCCAGAAGAAGUACUGCGAGUGCUUCCAGGCUGGCGUUGCCUGCACGGACGCGUGUCGCUGCGAGAACUGCGCCAACGAGUUCGGCACGAAGGACAGCCACAGCCACGGCCCGCACUGCGACCACGCCGGGGGGGGCGCCGUUGAGGCCGCCGGCAUGCGCUCGCCUGCAACACCGGGCUUUGGCCACAUCAGCAUCCAGCGCACAUUCCCCGGGGGGGGCAAAAUGGUCGCCAAAAAGCAGAGCCUGGACCCCCACGGAGACGAGAUUUCCGCCCUGGACUUUCCGCACCAUCACCCGACUAAGGAAAAGCGCCCCGAGACUCCGCCCAAGCCGGAGCCUGCCACGUCAGCAGCGCCUGGCACGUCAGUGGCGCCGGCCACGUCAGCGGGCGCUGCCACGUCAGCAAAGGGACGGGGCCGGAAGAAAGACGCGGCGAAGGGCGACCUGAAGACAGUGCGGGAGAACAGGGGCGGCGCCGCCGAGCAGACUUCCUCGGGAGUCUUCCCGAGCAUCUCCUCAUCCCCUGCGCGCUGGAGCCUUGCUUCCCCCGACCCCAGCCCGGUGUCCCGGUCCUAUCCUAUCCCGCCGUCGCCCCCUGACCGUCGCGGCUCAGAUACCACGGAGUUUUUACACCUGCCCGCUUCUCCGUCCCCGAGUUUCGGCUCCGGUCCGCUUCUCCGGACCGGAACCGGAGUGGGCGGAACCCCGCUCUCGCGAGCGAAGGUCAGGUCUACCCCACUGGGAGCGGUGAUCUGGAAUCCGGCGGAUAUGGCUUCCGAUCCGGCGGAUCGGCGGAACUCUGGCCAAGGGGUGUACUCGCCUCAGCGAACGCCCGGUGUCAGCUCUUCGGGGGGGAUGCUCAAGCUCUCGAACCUUUCUGGGACUCCCACCCCGAACGCCGUGCCAAAUUCGGCACUGGAGAAAGGGGGCGCAAGCGGUUUGCAGGAGGGAGGCGGGUUUGACACGGGUUACACUAACCCUAGCGCCUUAACCUGUGACGAGAGUGUCGACAUGGACGGGCAAGACCCCCUCGCCGAGAGCUUCUUCAUGGAGCCGUGCGACUAUGGCGUGGAAGGGGACUUAUACACAUACGACCCCGGGCAGAUGGACCUGCCCGCUUAUGGCGAGGACGUAUACGGUGAGGCUCCGAAGGAGAGCGUCCCCGUUUCCCCCCCCCCAAAAACGCAGCGAACCGGCCCCUCGUUUGUGAGUCUGAAGAAUCUGUCGGUCGGGAGCGGGCGGCAGUACAACGAAGAUCCAGAUGAUCCCUCGGCCGCGCUCCUGUCCCCGCAGGACGGGAAGCGCCGGCGGCUUUCAGCGGGGGGCAGGGUUUCGGGGGAGGCUUUUGUGUCGGCGGACGAAGCGACACCGAUCCGGAUAUCGAAAACGGGUUCACCGACCAAAGUCAUGGCCCCCGCGUUUGACUGGGGGGGAUCCCCCGGGCUGGGGCGCAUGGCAACCCCCGGGAAGAAGUCGCUGAAUUUGUCGAUGCUUCCGUCACUGCCUAUCCUGCCGGCGCGGUUGAGCGGCGGCGAAGGGUCGGGAUUGGUUGCGCCAGAGAACGUUUCACAAGAGUAGUGUUUGCAUUAUGUGUUAUUAGCGGCAAGCUGAGUAGCCGAAUUCAGGCGCCAGUGAAUGCUGUAGGCAUAGGCUUUGGGUGGGGGAGUGUGGGGAAAGGUAGACAGGUAUGGUAAGUAGACAGGCGUUGACUGAAAUUCCGUUCGUGCGGCGACUGUAAUGCAGACUCGAUCCUGAGCGUCAAAGACCUAGUACGAUGCACCUUGUAUAAUAUCUUGUCGCACAGCAAGGAUAGACUCGCUCGGUAAAGGAAGUCUGCUGAGCCGCACAAUUUUGGAAGUACCUAGAGCAGAUUGCAGACUUUAUCACAGGAUUACCCGACUCGGUUAAAUG